AUGCGCGCCUCUGCAAUCUCCGCGCUAGCAUGCUUUGUCGCGUACACGGCAGCCCAGACCUUCCAGCGGCUGGGUGGUUGCCCUGAUUUGGGAUGUAUCUUCCCGCCAGACCAGGUUGACUUCCUAGCAGGUCAGUACUUCGAUAUCCGCCUCGAAGUACACUCCCCCGUCAAUGGUUCUGAAGCUCGUAUUGGAGAGCCAGACGAGAACUUUACCUUUACCAUCGCCAAGAAGGGUCAUGGCAAGGACAAGGGCAAGGCCCCUGUCACUGCAACAGAAUACUUCAAGAUUGAUGAACCUGAGUUGGAGAAGUGGAACUUCACAUGGUUUGAAGAUCGAUUUGCCGAAGACGCAGAAACCCCUUCCCUCGUCAACGUGACCUCGAAGAUCUAUAGGCGAAUUGCCCUUUAUGAGCCCGGCGAAUACGAGGCUACUCUGACUUAUUAUGGGGAACAAAAGACAGUGGCCAACUGGUUUGUUCGUGAUCUCCCCACCAAGCGUCGCGCGAAGAACGUCGUCAUGUUCGUUGGAGACGGCAUGACAACAAACAUGAUCACUGCCGCACGUCUCAUUGCCCACCGCAGCAUCAACGGCAAAUACAUGACAAAGAUGGCAUUGGACAAGUUCCCCGUGCUGGGCCAUCAAAUGACACACUCCAUGGACUCGUUCAUUACCGAUUCAGCCAACUCCGCCACAGCACUUUACACCGGCCACAAGACUACCGUCAAUGCUUUGGGUGUCUAUGUUGACUCUUCUAAGGACGCCUUUGAUGACCCGAAGUUCGAGACAAUCGCCGAGAUCUUCCGCCGUAAGAACCCAGAGGCCGGUGUUGGUAUUGUGUCUACUGCGUUCUUGGCAGAUGCUACCCCUGCUGGGUUGUCUGCUCACACCAGCGACCGUGGCGAAUACGACCAUGUCAUCGGCUCAUAUUACGCAGGUGGUCUAACCGACUAUGAGUGGACAAACUGGGCCGGUCCCGAUGUGCUUCUUGGCGCUGGUGCGGAGAACUUCCUCGCGAGCGAGAAGACUCGUGAUUACUAUAAGCUCUUCGCUGAGAAGGGUUACAACGUGGCCUGGAACCACACCGCGCUGAACAGUGCCUCAAACGAGGAGAAGUUGUUGGGUGUUUUCCAGAAAUCUAACCUGGCUACUUGGCUUGAUCGCAACGUCUACCAGGCCAAUCUUUACAACCAGAGUAACUACCCCGACGGUUCAGGCCGUGACGCAGACGAUCUGCCCGGUCUCAAAGAUAUGACCCUCAAGGCGAUCGAUGUGCUAGACAAGCGACACAGCAAAGACGGCUGGUUCCUGAUGUCCGAGGCCGCCAGCAUUGACAAGCAGAUGCACUCUCUGGACUACGAUCGGACACUGGGUGAGCUUCUCGAACUCGACGAUACCGUGCGCGCAACAAUCGAGAAACUCGAGGAGAUGGGCCAGCUAGAAGACACCCUCAUCUUCGUCACAGCCGACCACGGCCACGGCUUCGACGUGACUGGCUCGGUUGACACGGAGUACAUGGAGGCGCAGAAGGAUGACCGCAGCAAGCGCAACGCUGUCGGAUAUUACGAAAACUCUGGUUUGUCGCAGUACACUGUCGCCGGAUCCAACGCCUUGCGGUACUCCGAAGGUGUCCACUUCCCUGCCCAAUGGGACCCGAGAUACACCCUGCACGCGGGUGCUGGCGCCUUCCCUGACCACCGGGAGGAUUAUCAGGUUCACAAAGACGGACCCCGCAAGCCUGCAGUGCAGGACAAGCAGCAUGGCUAUGUUGCUAAUUACAAGGAUGCAGUCAGUGGUUUCCUAAUCAAUGGAACCCUUCCCGUUGAUGCGGCGCAGGGUGUCCACUCGUUGACCGAUGUGCCGGUCUUUGCGCGCGGCCCGUGUCAAGAACUGUUCGGGGGUGUGUACAACUCGAUUGACAUCUUUUUCCACAUGGCGGAGUGCCUGGGAUUGUCAGAGACAAACGGACAUGGCAAGCCUAAGGGUGGAAAAUAG